AUGUCCAAAUCAACUCCCGGCCCGGCCAAUGGGCACGCGGAGACUCCGUCCUCAUCGAAUCCCGCCCCGGACAUCUUCAAUGCCAGCUCCGUCGCCGAGAUCAAGGCCACUUUGUCGCACCUGCAUGAUCAGGAGGCGUCGGUCACGGCCCGUCUAGACGCCCUCGUCGCCUCGCAAAAGGAUUUCUCGCGAGAACUAGGCCGAUUGGAUCUGUUGCGAGCCAACCUGGGCUCGCAGACCAGCACCACCCGCUCCAUCAGCCAUGGCAUGCUCUCCAACGCCGCGGCCACCGCAGAUCGCAUCUCGAGCGCCGUCCGCCAUCUCGAUCUGGAACAAUCUCGGGUGAAGGCAACUUUGGAGGUUGUGGAGCAGGUAUCCGAACUGAAGGCCUGCGUGCUCGGUGUCGCCGGCUCCAUGGGAGCUCCCCAGGACUGGGAAACGGCCGCGAGCUACCUGAGCCGGGCCUCCAAAAUCCCGCCCGACGUAGUCCAUGGGUCUUUCGCAGCUGAGAUGGUGCCUACGGCCGAGGUGCCGGAUCCACCCAAUGUCACGCUGGACAAUGCGGCCGAAUCCCUCUGUGGCCUGUUCUUACGCGAGUUCGAGAAAGCCGUCAAGGAGACCAACGGUGCCAAGAUUACUCGAUUCUUCAAGCUGUUUCCCCUAAUUGGUCGCUCGGAAGUUGGUCUCGACGUGUAUGGACGCUACGUCUGCCAGGGGGUGGCAUCGCGCGCGCGAACCAACCUCAACGCGGGAACUGGCGCUCAGAGCAAGGACGGUUUCUUCUACGCGAACGCGCUUACCAAACUGUUCGAACACAUCGCUCAGAUCAUUGAUGGUCAUGGAGGAUUGGUGGAACGUCACUAUGGCCCUCGGAAGAUGAAUCGGGUCAUUGAGCGGUUGCAGCUCGAGGCCGAUGUUCAAGGUGGAAUCAUCCUUGACACCUGGAGCGAUGAAAGACAUGUCGAUCGUAAGCUCACGGAUAUCAAAUCGUAUGCAUUUACCUUCCUGGUACAAAGCUUCCUGCCGCCCCAGCGGAGCACGACCCCGCGGUCUAACUCCCCUGCAACCCGUGAUGGAGCUCUCGGGGCUGCCGAGGAUGAAGGCGUGGAUAUGAAAGAAAUCGAUGGGCUUCUGAAUGAAAUGGCCGUCAUGCUAGGCCGGUGGUCUCUCUACUGCCGAUUCUUAGCUGAGACGUGUAAUGGCCCUGAAAACGAAAGUCAAUUCACACGACCUCCAUUUUUACAAGAUUCUACUCUGAUGAAGAAGGUCAAUGAUCGACUCGUGGCUCCCUUCAAUGCCAUGACAACUUUCUUCUUCCGGCGGUCAGUCGAAAAGGCCUUCCAGCUGGAUGAGCAGCCUUCUGGCCUGACCUUGAACCCCCAAAAGCCGCUGAAAGCCGACCCGCCUCAUAUCACUUCGGCCGUGGGUGAUAUCAUGUGGAUCGUGAACAAAGUCUUGCAGCAAUCCUUGGCUACGUCGCAAAUCGGCGUGGUGACUAAUGUAGUCCCCACGCUAUCCCGAGUCCUUGGCUCGGACUUUAUCGGCAUGACGCAGAGGAAAAUGCGCGAUGAAUGUUACCCAAGAGCUGCCGUCCAAGGGGGUCAGCCGCCAGAACAUAAGGUCAUUGCCUUCUUGGUGUUGAUCAAUAAUCUGGAUGUGGCAGUGGACUACGUCCAACGGGUUGUCCAGAACAAUACCGAGACCAAGAAGAUAACAGGUCCCGACGGCCAAGUUGAAGAAACCGAUCAAAUUCGCUCCUUGUUCACUGUCCCCGCGGAAGCGACUCUUGCAACGCAGACCCUGCAAACCCUCUCGUCCUCAUUUGAAUCCAAGGUCAAUGAUCUCCUGUCGGACGGAAUCCAGGUCGUAUUCAACAAUGUUGUCAAACACCGUCUACGGCCAAUCCUUUCCGACGCCUUCCGAGACAUCGAAUACCAACCCGGGGAAGACGACGACCCUACCAGCGCUGCAUACGGCGAGUACGACCAUCACGACGAAGCAGACGACGACUCGACGACUCGAGCGGAGCUCGUCCGUCCCCGCUUCGCAGCCAGCUGGACCGAGCUUCUUCUCCCGCUGUCGCGCAUCCUCACCACGUCAGCCUUCGACCGACUCAUGACCGUCACGGUGGCCUACCUCGCGCGACUGUUGGAAAAACGCCUGUGGUCCUACCAUGGCCGGGUCAAUGCACUCGGAGCCACGCGGCUCGAGCGGGACGUCUCGGGGGUGGUCAGCGCCGCGGUGGACAUUGGCGGCACGUACGGCGCACCGGGCCGAUACCGACACCGCGAGGCCUUUGCACGGUGCAUGCAAAUGGUGCUGGUGAUGGGAAUGGACGAGGACGAGUGGGAAGAUGUCUUGCGAGGGGGUGAAACUGCCGAGGUGGUAGACAAGCUGAAUCGGGAGGAGCGUACGCGCAUCCGAGGCAUGGUGAGGAGAUAA